UGGGGGGCCUGAGGGCGGGGCGGGGAGCAGGCCCGGGGCUGCGGGGAGGGGACGCUUCCCGCGGGUGCGCGGAGUGAGGACGGUGACAGCCACGCGCGCACGUGCGCGCCCGGCUGUAGCGCGGCCCCGAGACCUCGGUCGGCCGCUGAGAGGCGCGCGGGGUCUGGUCCGCCGCUGUCUAGGGGCCGGUGCCCGGGCGUCCCCAGCGUCCUCGGCCUGAGUCCCGCAGCGCCGGGCCGUGCCCACCCCGUCCGUGCCCGCCCGCGUUCCCUGCCCGGGGCCGUCAGGGCCCGCCCCCCAACUCUCCUUUCCGCUCCCGGGGCAGGGUCCUCGCGGCCCAUGCUGGCCGCUGGGGGCCCGCGCCGCCCAGACAGCUCCCAGGCCGGCCGGCCGGCCACCAUGGUGGCCCUGAGGCCUGUGCGGCUCCUUCAGGGGGGCUAACAGGCCCAGAGCGCAGGCUUCGGGGCGCGAGGGUCCCGAGCCUGAGCCCCGCGCCAUGGCCGGGGCCAUCGCUUCCCGCAUGAGCUUCAGCUCGCUCAAGAGGAAGCAGCCCAAGACGUUCACCGUGCGGAUCGUCACCAUGGACGCCGAGAUGGAGUUCAAUUGCGAGAUGAAGUGGAAAGGGAAGGACUUAUUUGAUUUGGUGUGCCGGACCCUAGGGCUUCGGGAAACCUGGUUCUUUGGACUGCAGUACACAAUCAAGGACACCGUGGCCUGGCUCAAAAUGGACAAAAAGGUGCUGGAUCAUGAUGUUUCAAAGGAAGAGCCAGUCACCUUUCACUUCCUGGCCAAAUUUUAUCCUGAGAAUGCCGAGGAGGAGCUGGUUCAGGAGAUCACACAACAUUUAUUCUUCUUGCAGGUAAAGAAGCAGAUUUUAGAUGAAAAGAUCUACUGCCCUCCCGAGGCUUCUGUGCUCCUGGCUUCCUAUGCCGUCCAGGCCAAGUACGGUGAUUACGACCCCUCUGUUCACAAGCGGGGAUUUUUGGCCCAAGAGGAACUGCUUCCAAAAAGGGUAAUAAAUCUAUAUCAAAUGACUCCAGAAAUGUGGGAGGAGAGAAUUACAGCCUGGUACGCAGAGCACCGAGGCCGAGCCAGGGAUGAAGCUGAAAUGGAAUAUUUGAAGAUAGCUCAAGACCUGGAGAUGUACGGUGUGAACUACUUUGCAAUCCGGAAUAAAAAGGGCACAGAACUGCUGCUUGGAGUGGAUGCUCUGGGGCUUCACAUCUAUGACCCUGAGAACAGGCUGACCCCCAAGAUCUCCUUCCCCUGGAAUGAAAUCCGAAACAUCUCGUACAGCGACAAGGAGUUUACUAUUAAACCAUUGGAUAAGAAAAUUGAUGUCUUCAAAUUUAACUCCUCAAAGCUUCGUGUUAAUAAGCUGAUUCUCCAGCUAUGUAUUGGGAACCAUGACCUUUUUAUGAGGAGAAGGAAGGCUGAUUCUUUGGAAGUUCAGCAGAUGAAAGCCCAGGCCAGGGAGGAGAAGGCUAGAAAGCAGAUGGAGCGGCAGCGCCUUGCUCGAGAGAAGCAGAUGAGGGAGGAGGCUGAACGCACGAGGGACGAGCUGGAGAGGAGGCUGCUGCAGAUGAAGGAAGAAGCAACAAUGGCCAACGAAGCACUGAUGCGGUCUGAGGAGACGGCUGACCUGUUGGCAGAAAAGGCCCAAAUCACUGAGGAGGAGGCAAAACUCCUGGCACAGAAGGCCGCAGAGGCCGAACAGGAAAUGCAGCGCAUCAAAGCCACAGCCAUUCGGACCGAGGAAGAAAAGCGCCUGAUGGAGCAGAAGGUGCUGGAGGCCGAGGUGCUGGCGCUGAAGAUGGCUGAGGAGUCGGAGAGGAGGGCCAAGGAGGCAGAUCAGCUGAAGCAGGACCUGCAGGAAGCCCGUGAGGCCGAGCGAAGAGCCAAGCAAAAGCUCCUGGAAAUCACCACCAAGCCCACAUACCCACCCAUGAACCCAAUUCCAGCACCAUUGCCUCCUGACAUAACAAGCUUCAACCUCAUUGGUGACAGCCUGUCUUUCGACUUCAAGGAUACUGACAUGAAGCGGCUUUCCAUGGAGAUAGAGAAAGAAAAAGUGGAGUAUAUGGAGAAGAGCAAGCAUCUGCAGGAGCAGCUCAAUGAGCUCAAGACUGAGAUCGAGGCCUUGAAACUCAAAGAGAGGGAGACGGCCUUGGAUAUUCUGCACAACGAGAACUCCGACCGGAGUGGCACCAGCAGCAAGCACAAUACCAUUAAAAAGCCUCAAGCCCAAGGCAGAAGACCUAUCUGCAUUUGAGCCCUCAAACUCACCUUGCAGAGCGCCAAGUCCCGCGUGGCCUUCUUUGAAGAGCUCUAGCAGGUGACCCAGCCACCCAGGAUCUGCCACUUCUGCUGCUCCCAGCACCGGCAGGAUGGGUCAGACACCGUGGGAGCCAUCUGUAGGUGGGCUGGCUGGGAGCUUCCAUGGGAGCUCUGGAACUUUCCCCAGCUGAGUGGAGAGCCCAACCCCCUUCAUGUGCAAUUGCCUUGAACUAUGACCCUGCAGAGAUUUCUCUCAUGGGGUUCUAGUUCUCCUGACCUGAGUCUUUAAAGUUUUUAAGAAGUAUUGUCUUUUUUUCAUCUAGUGUGGGAUCCCAUACUUCCUUUGUCAAAGGAACCCUGGGCUGUGCAUCUUACUGUCCAGCGCUGACCCUCCCAGCCCAGGCUGGGAAGUGGUUGUAGGGGUGAAAGGCAUAGGCCCCCUGGAGACCAGGAGGCUGGUGCCACCACCCUCAUCCUCCAGGGUUCCAGAACAUUCGUCUCCUCCCCUUGUGAGGAACUGGCAUGCAGAGAAGCGUGGCCUGCCCGAGCCCAGGCCCAGAGCGGCCUGCCCACCAGCCUGCCUGCUUGCUGCACGUCAUCGGUGAGCCUGCCCACAGCUCAUGAUGAGCCAAGUGACGGGUCCUUGGCCCAGGCCCCCUGGAGGCAGUGCUCUGGCUGCCCGCUGGUGGGAAUGGGAAGGAACUGUGACUGGGGCAGACUAGGAGAAGCUGUGAUGAAGGGCUGGCUGCCAGCAGAGGGGCUGGGAGGCCAGUAGAGCCGAAUAGGAACCUUCACCAUACAGAACACUCACUGCCCUCCUCCUGCCACCCCAGACCAGGGUCCAGGAGCCAUGUGUGUCUUUCCCACCCCCCUUUAGCGUUAGCCUCUCCUGCCCGUGGGGACCUGGGGGACUCCCUGGUCAUGCUGUAAUCGGCACCUGGUAGCCUGGCUGUGCCCGGGGGGCUCUGUAGGGCUGAGGCCCCACAGGUACUUCUCACUGGCUGGAACACCGAGCUCCACUGGCCCCAGUCUGCGUUGCUGAUCUGAAUCACCUUUCCUCCUGGCCAUGUGCCAGCAAACCCCUCCUAACCCUUUAUUGUACCUGGGCCUCCGUUUGCUGUUGCCCUCAUCCCCCAGAGGGCCCUUUAUCUUAUAUCUGUGUGUGGGCUGUGUGGGGUCCUUUUGUGCCCUUCCCCUCCAAGCUCUACACCGGCUGGCACACGACUCCUCCACCAUGCUGAGCAGCAGCAGGUCACAGAACCACCCCACAGCCCACACUCACUCCUUGAUUUGGGGCCACUUUCUUGCCCUUUCUUUUCUCCAUGGCUUGUGGUGCUGCUGUGACCCAUCAGGCCAUCCAGAUCCUUCCAGCGGAGCUGUUAGGCAAAGCAGGUGAUAAGUCUUAACCAGUGAAAAGAUGCUUAUUAUGUGAAGACGUGUGAGGGCCUGGAGAGCUCCUGAGAACAGAAGUGGCUCUCGUGAUCCUGUGUGGUUCUGAGGAGCUCACAGAGGUCCUGCCUUUUUUCUGCAGUCAGGCUGACCUAACAAAUAGUCUCCCGGGCUGGCCACCACCUUCUCGGGCCACCUUGCCAGCCCCUUAGGACACACAGUGGAGACUCUGCAUCUAGACACUAAGCAUGGGUGGCUGUGGCUGAAAGAGUUCCCUUUGUCUCCCUGUCCCCUGGGAUGUGGUCCUGGAGGUGGUGGUGGGGGAAACAGUCCUCAGGUGUUUGGAAUGUGAGGUCUGGCUCUUGUGUUGAAUCUCUGUCUCCUCAGCUCACCACCCAUCCCUGAAUUUCCACGAGUUACUUUCCUCCCGACCUAUAAAUUUAAUCUGUAACUGUGGCUGUGGGCACAGGAGCAUGGUGUUGGUUUAUAAAAACAUUGUCGGGCUUUGUUUUUUUAUUACUUAACCGCUGUGUGUAUGCCUGCAGUCUGGGAAAUGCCAAGCCGUGUGGCCACAAGGGAGCCGGCUGGCUUCUGCGCUGUGGCAGGAGCACCCUCGGGCCCGGGGAGCAGACUCGAGAGGGCCGGCAGAGCCUCACUCAGCCAGGAUCACUCCAGCUCUCCUUAGAGGCAAGAGCUGGUGGGUACCUCCUAAAGAUGGAUAGGCGGAGAGGGUGGGGCCCUCAGAGAGGUCCGGAGCCUCAGUGAAAGGAGAAAGAAUGAAAGAAGAGCUUGGUUUUCACAGCCUUGUGCCUGUGGCUGAGGUGACUGCGUUCCUUUCAAGCCAACAUUUUUAGAGCGUGGUUGCUUAUCCAGUAGGGAAGCCUCUGAGCUCCCCUGAGAGCAGGGCCCUGGCCAUGAUUAGUGCGUUACAAGCGUUUCUGAUGGUUUUUGGGCAGAAGCACCAUGCCAGUGACACUCCGUGAGGCUGCGCUGUCAGCCUUUAGCCGUUCCAGCACAACCUCGUUCAUCCUAAUCGAGGCCCCACCUCAGCCCCAGCAGUGCUCUGACCUGUAGUAUCUGCUCAAUUAUUCAUGUACCCGCCAGGCCCUGCCAGACAACACCCGGUGGCAUUACAGAACACUUCUUGAGUGACAUUUUUUUUGUAAUCUCGGGGACAGAUUUCUCUCCCUCCCUCUUCUUUCUUUUUCAAAUCGAAACAGCGAGUCCAGAGGCUGACAACCGGCGAUGGUGACUAAGUGUUGCUGCUGACAGGGCUGGGGCCUCGCAGCCCCUGGAGCGGGCAGCCUCAGCCCCUCCCGGGCUUCCAGGGGAGCUCCAUCUGUUUUCAGAGAUGUCACACUGCACUUCUUCCUGUGGGGCCUGAGUCCCGCCUCCUGUCAGGGCCAGACCAUAGAAGGCUAUUUUCUAUUCUGGGGGAUUGUUGUAAUUUAAAUGAUUGUUUUAAUAAAAAUUUUAAGCUGUAAAGUCGU